AUUUUUUAACAGUUACUUUAGUCACCAUCACCUCCCUCAAAUCAAAAACAAGAAAACCCAGUCGCUGCCGCCAUUCUUUGCCCUCGUAUAACUUUUAAAGUAGUUCGCACUCAACUCAAUUUCAACUCAAUUCUACAAGGCCAUUCUUUUUUUGCAUUCUACUAAUGGAUAACGAACCCCUAAUUGAUCCUCAGAAACCCGCCGUUGACAAGUUCCAGCUUCUUCCCGAAUUCCUCAAGUAUCGAGGAUUGGUGAAGCAACAUUUGGAUUCCUUUAACUAUUUUGUUAACACUGAUAUCAAGAAAAUUGUUCGUGCUAAUAACCUUGUCCAAUCGUCUAGGUAUCCGCAUAUAUAUCUAAGGUUUUUGGAUGUCAGAAUUGGUAAACCGGAAAGAAUUUUCGAUGGUUCUUCUGAGUAUGUUAGUCCACAGACAUGCCGAUUAUCUGACCAAACGUACGCGGCUCCGAUACUAGUUAGUGUUGAGUACACUCAGGGAAGUCCUGAUAACGUUAUAAAAAUUCCAAAGAAUAAAGUUGUUAUUGGAAGAAUGCCUAUAAUGUUGCGGAGUUGUUGUUGUGUUUUGUAUAAUAGAGAUGAAGCUGAGCUUGCAAAACUUGGUGAGUGUCCGCUUGAUCCUGGAGGAUAUUUUGUAAUUAAAGGGACCGAGAAGGUGAUAUUCUGAUUCCAAAAUACUUCUCGAUUUUAGAGAUGCUGCCUA